AUGUCAGCUCUAGAAUUCCACAAGAAAUCAAGCGACAUAAGAAAAGCUGUGCCGACGCUGGAAACAAGGAUUCUUCAAGGGUCGACAAUCAUCCAAAUAACGCACGUUCAAUCACGUCAGAUGAUGUCUGUUUUCGUCCUUCGACAUCUUACUGGUGAGAGGAGUCAGUUCAUCUCGCAAGCGCAAUUUCACGAAAGCAUCCAAGACAAAAUUAUCGACGAAGAGCUUGAAAUAGACACCGAAAGGAAGCUCGUCUUGGUCAGGACAAAUAAAAUUACCGGUGGUGCAUUUUUGUACUACAGAGCGCUAGUCCUAAAACGAGAAGAAGACUCAUCAAAAGUGGAGCUUAUCGACUGUGGUGCACCGACAUGGGUCGAGAAUAUGAAUAUUUUCACUUUACCCGACUCUCUUAGAAAUGUAACCUGUCCAGUUGUUAGAAUCGAGUUAAUCGGACAAGCUCGAUAUGUUUCUGAAAUGCUGACAAUCCCAGCUCCAUUUACUCAAAUCUACGGUGAAAAUCCGUUUGUGAUCAGGGCAAAACUCAAACGUGGAGAAAUUCCUUGGACAAAUGAAGAUGUCGUCAAAGAAAUAUGCUUCAAAGUCUCCAAUCGGUAUUGGGAGAAUCAACAUCAUAUUUCCCGGCCAUUCAAGAUCAACUUUGAUGCAAGCUCUACCGCUGCUUGCCUCAAAAUUUCACAGCCACUUGACCGACGAUUUCUCAAGAAGAUGUUCUAA